AUGGGAGCCAAAAGCUUGCGCGCACAUGUUGACUCACUCCUAAUAGCCAGUCAAGUAAAUGGCAUAUACGACGCAAAGGGAGAAGUCAUGGCUUUGUAUCUGGAACAAGCGAAAGAAUUGCUCCAACAAUUCAAAUCUCACAAAGUUAUACACAUCAAUCGCUCCGAAAACAAGCCAGCUGAUGCCUUGAGCAAGCUUGCCUCGACUUCCUUCCAACAUCUUGCCAAGGAUGUAAGGAUAGAGGUACUCAAGAAUCCAUCGGUGCUGCUGCGACAAGUGAAUGUGAUCGAAACGGGCCAACCUUCAUGGAUGACCCCGAUAAUCCAGUACUUGCAAGAGGGGGUACUCCCUGAAAACAAAGCGGAAGCGAGGAAGAUCCAAAACAAAGCCCUACAAUAUGAAAUGAACGGCGGUAUUUUGUACCGGAAGUCCUUCCUGGGGCCACUACUGCGCUGUGUGGACCCCCAGGAUGCGAACUACCUGAUAAGGGAGAUCCAUGAGGGGAUCUGCGGCAUUCACUCCGGGCCACGAAUGGUUGUGGCAAAGAUCAUGAGGUCCGGUUACUACUGGCCUGGUAUGCAUGUAGACGCGCUGAAGGAGAUUCGCAAAUGUGACUCUUGCCAGAGGCAUUCUCCAAAAACACUGCGCCCCAAGAACGAUCUUAUCCCCGUAUCCACUGCAUGGCCCUUCCAGCAAUGGGGAAUUGACAUGGUGGGACCCUUCCCGGAUGCUCCCGGCGCCGUAAAAUUCAUCAUAGUAGCUGUGGAUUACUUCACAAAGUGGGUGGAGGGCAACGGACAAGUGGAAAGCAUGAAUAAAUGCAUUGUCGAGGGGAUAAAGGCCAGAUUGGGGACAAGGCGACGAGGAUGGGUUGAUGAGCUCCCGAGCAUCUUAUGGGCUCAUCGAACCAUGCCAAAAACAAGUACCGGCGAGACCCCCUUUAGCUUGGUUUAUGGCUCAGAGGCGGUUAUCCCGGCAGAGAUUGGCCUACCCUCACCACGCAUGACAGCGGUCAACACAGUUGACAAUGAAGCGGAAAGACGCCUUGACUUGGACUUGUUAGAAGAAAGGCGCGAAAUCGCGCGAAUCAGAGAGGCCAAGUACAAGACCCAGCUAGAAAGGUACUACAACACAAGGGUCCGUAUCUGUACCUUCAUCCCAGGGGAAUAUGUCUUCCGCGACAGAAACGUCAAAUGCGGAACGUCCAGGAAAGUUGGCACCUAA